AUGAGUGGCAAUGACAGGUUACAUUACACUGAAGAUGAAGCGAUCCCCGGGAUCAUCAAGCGGGCCAACGACUACUACAGUGAGAGACAGUUGCUGCUCUCCAGGGACAAGAACCCUAUGAAGGCUGACCUGAAAUUCAGGGUUCGGCAACUGCAGAAGCUGUACUACUCGAUUAAGGAUAAUCAGGAGCUUAUCAUCGAUGCACUGAUGCGGGAUUUCCACAGGGCGCGCCAGGAGACGCUGUCGCUCGAGUUGAUUCCCUUGCUUAACGACAUCUUGCUGAUGGUCAAGAAGCUGCCCCAAUGGAUGACCCCAAAGAAAGUGCGGGACCAUACACCAAUGUUUGCGUUCGGUUCAAUCCAGGUGGAGAAGAUCGCCAGGGGCACCGCGUUGGUCAUUGCACCCUCCAAUUUUCCACUUCUACUCGCAUUGACCCCAGUGGGGAACGCUAUCGCCGGUGGGAACGCAGUUCUCCUGAAGCCCAGCGAACUUACGGAGAACGUUGCCCAGAUAAUGGAGAAGAUCAUCAGGGACGCGGAUCUGGCGCCAGGGCUCGUGCAAGUUGUGCAGGGUGGGAUUCCACAGACGACGAAACUGAUCGAGGACCCCCGUUUGGACGUUAUCUUCUACACGGGGUCCCCUAAAGUCGGGUCCAUUAUCGCCUCUGCGGCAGCGAAGAACCUUGUACCCUGUGUUUUGGAACUCGGUGGGAAGUCCCCGGUGUUCGUCACUGAGAACCUCGGCAGGAACAAACUGAGAAAGGCUCUUAAGAGGAUAUUCUUUGGCGCCUUCGCGAACUCGGGACAAUUGUGCGUGAGACCGGACUACGUGCUAGUGCACGAGUCCGUUUACCAAGAAUUUAUUUCCCAGGCAAGAACGGUGCUGAAUGAGUUGUUCCCACAGCUGGAUCACGAAACAGAGUUUACGCAUAUGAUCUCGAGAGCCGCAUUCGACAAGACGUUGUCCAAACUGGAGCAAACAAAGGGUACUCCUGUUGUGCCCCGCUCCACCGUGGUAGACCAAGACAACAAAGAUGCCGAGUGUCUGUUCUUCCCACCAACACUCGUGGAAGACGUCCAAUGGGGGGAUGCCCUGAUGACGGAGGAGAACUUCGCUCCUGUCUUGCCCAUUCUGAAGUACGAGGACCUUGAUACAGCAAUCGAUAAUGUGUUGAUGUACCACGACACGCCCCUGGCCAAGUACAUAUUUUCAGAAUCCACACAGGACGUAAACCAUAUCCUGGCCCGCGUUCGUGCUGGUGAUUGCUGUGUCAAUGAGACCGUCAUCCAUGUUGGGAUCCAGCAGGCGCCCUUCGGAGGCAUCGGGCAGUCCGGGUACGGGAACUAUGGUGGCUGUUACGGGUUUAACGCCUUCACGCACGAACGGACUGUGUUCAAGCAGCCCUUCUGGAUGGACUUCAUGACCUCGAUGCGGUACUUGCCCUACUCGAAGCGGAAGACGCAGUUGGUGCAAAUGGCCACUGAGGCGAAACCGGACUUUGACAGGAAGGGCAAGAAGAAGUGGUCGUUCGUGAAACUGGCCACUUUUGUGAGUUUCCUCGUGCUAUUCAUAUCGUACAUGCUUAACGACUGCUCUUAA